CCCCUGGUGCGAGCCGCCGAGCGCCCCGAGGGCCUGGCCGACGAGCCCGGCCUGGAGGCGGCCCUGGCCAUGCCCAACGCCUCGCACUUCUUUUGGAGCAACUACACCUUCUCCGACUGGCAGAACUUUGUGGGCCGGAGGCGCUACGGGGCCGAGUCCCAGGACCCCACGGUGAAAGCCCUGCUCAUCGUGGCUUACUCCUUCAUCAUCGUCUUCUCGCUCUUCGGCAACGUGCUGGUCUGUCAUGUCAUCUUCAAGAACCAGCGAAUGCACUCGGCCACCAGCCUCUUCAUCGUCAACCUGGCGGUCGCCGACAUCAUGAUCACGCUGCUCAACACGCCCUUUACCUUGGUCCGCUUUGUGAACAGCACAUGGGUGUUCGGGAAAGGCAUGUGCCACGUCAGCCGCUUCGCCCAAUACUGCUCUCUGCACGUCUCAGCACUGACGUUGACGGCCAUUGCCGUUGACCGCCACCAGGUCAUUAUGCAUCCGUUAAAACCCCGGAUCUCGAUCACAAAAGGUGUCAUCUACAUCACGGUCAUCUGGACCAUGGCUACGUUCUUUUCACUCCCACACGCCAUCUGCCAGAAAUUAUUUACCUUCAAGUACAGUGAGGAUGUUGUCCGCUCCCUGUGCCUGCCAGACUUCCCUGAGCCAGCUGACCUCUUCUGGAAGUAUCUGGACUUGGCCACCUUCAUCCUGCUUUAUAUCCUACCCCUCCUGAUUAUCUCUGUGGCCUAUGCCCGUGUGGCCAAGAAGCUGUGGUUGUGCAACACAAUUGGCGAUGUGACCACAGAGCAGUACCUGGCCCUGCGGCGCAAGAAGAAGAAGACCAUCAAGAUGCUGAUGCUCGUGGUGGUCCUCUUUGCCCUCUGCUGGUUCCCCCUCAACUGCUAUGUCCUCCUCCUGUCCAGCAAGGUCAUCCACACCAAUAAUGCCCUCUACUUCGCCUUCCACUGGUUUGCCAUGAGCAGCACUUGCUACAAUCCCUUCAUCUACUGCUGGCUCAACGAGAACUUCAGGGUCGAGCUGAAGGCAUUACUUAGCAUGUGCCAAAGGCUGCCCAAGCCCCAGGAGGAAAGGCCACCUUCCCCAGUCCCUUCCUUUAGGGUGGCUUGGACAGAGAAGAGCAGUGGCCGGAGGGCUCCACUAGCUAACAACCUUCUGCCCUCCUCUCAACUCCAGGCUGGGAAGACAGACUUGUCUUCUGUGGAGCCCAUUGUGGCAGUGAGUUAGAGGAGGGUGAGAAGAGGCAGGGGGAAGGCUCUCUCUCCAGCUGGGUUUGGGAAAGGGCUUGAGGACAGAGACUGGAAAAAAAGCCUGUCCUCUCACCCACGGCCCUCACAGUGCUAAAAACAAGGUCCUACAGUAGCCAUGGGAGUCUUGAUUUCCUAGGAAACUCUGUCUAGCGUCCUACCCCAUUUGUUGUGAAAGCUAAAGGGCAACUACCCAAUUAGACACGUGUUUCUGAAUUCCUGUCUAAGAAAUGUCACAAAACCUAUCACCUCGGUUCCCUGAGCCAGAGAACCUAGGGCAGCUUCAGCCCACAUGAGGGCUGAGUCAGCCAGCUGCCUAACAACACACCCUACCACCGAACAUCCAUAAAGGACACCUGAGUCAUACUUGGGGUGUGACUGACCCAGAUGCACAGAACUCUGCUUUAAAAAAAGUUCAUUAGCCACUGAAAGGUGAAUGAGCCAGAGCUGCCACAUUUUUCUGCUUCCAAAGUCCUGGGCCAGGAUGAGUCACAAUUGUGUGGUGGCUGGCUUGCAUACAUGACAAGACAGGACCAAUUCACUCCCGUAAAGCAAAGAGAAAUUACAGAGUUCUCUUAAAGAAUUAUUAUUCUAAAACUUUGGAAAAUAUAGAAAAGCACAAAGAAGAAAACAAAAAUCACCCCAUUCUCCCACCAACUCGGAUGAGUUUCGUUAACAUGCUGUGGAUUUACUUGCAACUUUUUCUUUUGUGUGUCUGUGCAUGUGCGUGUGUGCGCAUGCGCUUUUCAUUCCACUCUGAAUUACACUUUUCCAUGUAGAGAUAAGCAAGAAACAGGGCAUGCCAGAGAACAUCUGAGCCCCUAUCCCAGGAACAGUGUCCAGUGUAAGAGUUGGAAGAAGAGGUGGGAGAGGAACCCAAGAAGAAGGCUGUCAGAGCCAACAGACUGCCUUCAUCCUUUACCCAGUGGUGGAAAAGACCCGGAUGAAGUACCUCUCCUCAGAUGGCGGCCAUCGCGAUGAGCCAGGGAACAAAACUCAUCCAGGAGGCAUAACUCUUUCUCUCGCACUCACAUAGAACAAGAGGUGGUAAAAACACUGCCCUGCUUUUACAGGAGAUGAUGGAGCCGGCUUUCCAACAUGCCAGAAAUAAGUGUACUUAAGACACUUCGUCCUCAUAAGCUGUCUAGACAGGCCACUUCUCUGUGUUGUCUAAAUAAUAAAGCUUCUUCACGCCAGUUCCCUGAAGACAACUCACUUGUCAACAUCACCCUGGUGGCUCACAUGUCACUUACAGAAACCUAUGACAUUAUGAUACUCUUUAAGGACUCAACAUGCCAGAGAAAUAUUCCAGAGACUGUUUUCAUUAUCGUCCCUCUGGUCCUGAGUGACUCACCGCGUCACCCAGAAGACACAGGCAGAAUAGUGCUUAAUCCACCCACCCUAAACAAUUGCCAUUCUCACACUGUUUUAGGUUUCUUUCUAGCACCAGAUAAAUUUGAAAGCACACAUGGAUAUGGGGCUGAGUAGAAAGCUGAAGUUUUGGGAGAAGAGGUUUCUCCAAGGUUUACUUAGAUCUCUUGACUAUUAAUUGAAACUGAACUUGGUCAUAUCAUCUGCUUUCCUAUAAUGAAACAUAGGGGUUAUUUAACUAUUCGGUUUACGAGAAUGUUUGAAAUAUUUGACUUCCAUGGGACAGAGAGACUUCUAAGCACAUAUGGAUCCCAAGAUGGAUUUUUUUUAGGCCAUUUGCUCCCAUGCCUGUGACUACUGUCUCUGUGGUGUCAAGAAGUAGCUAAUGGUUUCAUCCUAAUGCUGCCAUAGAAAUUCUUUGAACCAGAAUGAGAAUAGGCAGCAGGACUACAGAUGGUUUGUUCCGCUCUGGGAUCAGGGAGAGAGCUUUGCUUUGCUCCUCUCUGAGGGAAUAUAGAAAUACUGCCAAGUCAGAGAAGCCCCUUCUCUGAGGGAAGACCCACAGAUGGCCCAUAGGUCCGGGUUUCUUGUAGUACCUCGUGUUCUCCAUUCCUCUUGUUCCCUGUAUUUGUACUUGUAUUUGUGGAUGUGAAAUUUGUAGAACUUUAGCCUUUCCAAUGUGCCGUAAUGAGUAUUUUGUUGUAAUUGCUCCAGUCUCAAUAAAAUAUAUUUGGAGUGCAUGGA